AUGAUCCGCCAAAACGCCGUGGAUCCAAACAACACUCUCCUCCCUCGACAUGUUCUCCUCCCUCAGUGUCUCAGGGAUCAGGAGGAGGGUUCAGCAGAGGACCAUCAACACCAGAGGGUUCAGCAGAGGACCAUCAACACCAGAGGGUUCACCAGAGGACCAUCAACACUGGAGGGUUCACCAGAGGACCAUCAACACCAGAGGGUUCACCAGAGGACCAUCAACACCAGAGGGUUCAGCAUGAGGACCAUCAACACCAGAGGGUUCAGCAGAGGACCAUCAACACUGGAGGGUUCACCAGAGGACCAUCAACACCAGAGGGUUCAGCAUGAGGACCAUCAACACCAGAGGGUUCAGCAUGAGGACCAUCAACACCAGAGGGUUCAGCAGAGGACCAUCAACACCAGAGGGUUCACCAGAGGACCAUCAACACUGGAGGGUUCACCAGAGGACCAUCAACACCAGAGGGUUCACCAGAGGACCAUCAACACCAGAGGGUUCAGCAUGAGGACCAUCAACACCAGAGGGUUCAGCAGAGGACCAUCAACACUGGAGGAGGACCAUCAACACCAGAGGGUUCAGCAUGAGGACCAUCAACACCAGAGGGUUCAGCAGAGGACCAUCAACACCAGAGGGUUCACCAGAGGACCAUCAACACCAGAGGGUUCAGCAGAGGACCAUCAACACCAGAGGGUUCACCAGAGGACCAUCAACACCAGAGGGUUCACCAGAGGACCAUCAACACCAGAGGGUUCAGCAGAGGACCAUCAACACCAGAGGGUUCACCAGAGGACCAUCAACACCAGAGGGUUCACCAGAGGACCAUCAACACCAGAGGGUUCACCAGAGCACCAUCAACACCAGAGGGUUCAGCAGAGGACCAUCAACACCAGAGGGUUCAGCAGAGGACCAUCAACACUGGAGGGUUCAGCAGAGGACCAUCAACACCAGAGGGUUCAGCAGAGGACCAUCAACACCAGAGGGUUCAGCAGAGGACCAUCAACACUGGAGGGUUCACCAGAGGACCAUCAACACCAGAGGGUUCAGCAGAGGACCAUCAACACCAGAGGGUUCAGCAUGAGGACCAUCAACACUGGAGGGUUCAGCAGAGGACCAUCAACACUGGAGGGUUCAGCAGAGGACCAUCAACACCAGAGGGUUCAGCAGAGGACCAUCAACACUGGAGGGUUCAGCAGAGGACCAUCAACACCAGAGGGUUCAGCAGAGGACCAUCAACACCAGAGGGUUCAGCAGAGGACCAUCAACACCAGAGGACCCCCCCUACAGCAGUGUGCCACAGACCCCCCCUACAGCAGUGUGCCACAGACCCCCCCCUACAGCAGUGUGCCACAGACCCCCCCUACAGCAGUGUGCCACAGACCCCCCCCCUACAGCAGUGAGCCACAGACCCCCCCCUACAGCAGUGAGCCACAGACCCCCCCCUACAGCAGUGUGCCACAGACCCCCCCUACAGCAGUGUGCCACAGACCCCCCCCUACAGCAGUGUGCCACAGACCCCCCCCUACAGCAGUGAACCACAGACCCCCCCUACAGCAGUGUGCCACAGACCCCCCCUACAGCAGUGAGCCACAGACCCCCCCCCUACAGCACAGUGAACCACAGACCCCCCCUACAGCAGUGAGCCACAGACCCCCCCCUACAGCAGUGAACCACAGACCCCCCCCUACAGCAGUGAACCACAGACCCCCCCCUACAGCAGUGUGCCACAGACCCCCCCCUACAGCAGUGAGCCACAGACCCCCCCCUACAGCAGUGUGCCACAGACCCCCCCUACAGCAGUGUGCCACAGACCCCCCCUACAGCAGUGUGCCACAGACCCCCCCCUACAGCAGUGAGCCACAGACCCCCCCCUACAGCAGUGUGCCACAGACCCCCCCUACAGCAGUGUGCCACAGACCCCCCCCUACAGCAGUGUGCCACAGACCCCCCCCUACAGCAGUGAGCCACAGACCCCCCCCUACAGCAGUGAGCCACAGACCCCCCCCUACAGCAGUGUGCCACAGACCCCCCCCUACAGCAGUGAACCACAGACCCCCCCUACAGCAGUGUGCCACAGACCCCCCCUACAGCAGUGAGCCACAGACCCCCCCCCUACAGCAUGUGCCACAGACCCCCCCUACAGCAGUGAACCACAGACCCCCCCCCUACAGCAGUGAGCCACAGACCCCCCCCUACAGCAGUGAACCACAGACCCCCCCCCUACAGCAGUGUGCCACAGACCCCCCCUACAGCAGUGUGCCACAGACCCCCCCUACAGCAGUGUGCCACAGACCCCCCCUACAGCAGUGUGCCACAGACCCCCCCUACAGCAGUGAACCACAGACCCCCCCCUACAGCAGUGUGCCACAGACCCCCCCCUACAGCAGUGAGCCACAGACCCCCCCCUACAGCAGUGUGCCACAGACCCCCCCCUACAGCAGUGUGCCACAGACCCCCCCCUACAGCAGUGAGCCACAGACCCCCCCCUACAGCAGUGUGCCACAGACCCCCCCUACAGCAGUGAGCCACAGACCCCCCCCUACAGCAGUGUGCCACAGACCCCCCCUACAGCAGUGUGCCACAGACCCCCCCCUACAGCAGUGUGCCACAGACCCCCCCCUACAGCAGUGUGCCACAGACCCCCCCCUACAGCAGUGUGCCACAGACCCCCCCCUACAGCAGUGUGCCACAGACCCCCCCUACAGCAGUGUGCUACAGACCCCCCCCUACAGCAGUGAGCCACAGACCCCCCCUACAGCAGUGAGCCACAGACCCCCCCCUACAGCAGUGUGCCACAGACCCCCCCCUACAGCAGUGAGCCACAGACCCCCCCCUACAGCAGUGUGCUACAGACCCCCCCCUACAGCAGUGUGCCACAGACCCCCCCCUACAGCAGUGUGCUACAGACCCCCCCCUACAGCAGUGUGCCACAGACCCCCCCCUACAGCAGUGUGCUACAGACCCCCCCCCCCCUUACACCUCAUAGAUCCAUGUCUCUUACCGGUGGUGAAGCAGGACUAUGGGCAGGACUAUGGGUAG